AUGAUUUUCACUACUAAGUUCAGUUCUGGCUCCAAGAAAUCUCUUGAUUCCACAAAGGCGGUGGAAGCCUCUGGAGCCAUUGAGCACUCCCGUUUUGAAACUUCAAAACAAACCAAACCCGAACAGGCCACCAUGUUCGACAACUCUUCAUGUUUCUCGACUCUCCGGAAACACUCUCCUCGUUCUCCAAUUCGGUCCGAAGUUUUGGGUACUGGUCCAGCCAACACAUGUACACAAAACCAAUCGUACCGAUCCAGUGAUUCUAAGCUCAAGGAAGUUUCCAAGAGUAAAGGUCAUCGGCUCUCUGGCCUUCUUGAGAAGGCCAAGGCUAAGGCAGCAUCUAAAAAAGCUGCCUUCAAAGCCCGUGCUAAGGCUUUGUUUGGGAAGUCUUCUUCUCAAAUUAAGCUGGUACCUCCAGUUGAGUUUUCGAACUCGAUUUAUAAGGUGAAGGCACAAUUCUCAUCUGUUUCUGAUGUUUCAGAAAACAGUGUCUCGUCGCCAUCUACGGAUCCAACAUUCUACGGCCUCACAAGCCCAGCAAAGUUCGUGCCCAAAUCAAACUCUGGGCACAAACACAAAACAAGAACUGGCUCCAUUGGUCGUGGGGUUUGCAAAUCUGUCGGCCUCUUUGGUUCCAAAUCUCGCGUGGCUGAUGAUACUUGGAUCCUGAAAGUGGGGGCUUUAUCAAAGAAGGUAACAGCUAGAGAAGCCCAAAGCAAUACUGAAACACUAGCUCAGGAUCAGAAGAAAAAUAACUUCGAUCCCCCCAAGGUCAAGCCUGGUAUUAUCUCAUCGUUGUUUCAAAAGAAAGUGGAACCGGUAGAACCGUGGGAAAGUCUAGCUCCAAGCAUCGAGCAGAUUAAAAUGCGAAUUCGCCAAAGACGGGCACACAAAGAGAAGAUUCUGCAGUUGAUCAAGGAAGGCAAAAUCACUGAAGGAAAUGAUUUUAAGCCCAUGACUCAGCGUCAAAAAGAUGAACUCUUUGAAUCUGUGUUCAAGCGCCCCCUGAGACCAAAGAAAUAUCAACAAAAGCCGUUCAACUUCGAAGAGUGGGAUGCUCGUCGGAUACAGAACCAGUACGAGAGAGAAAAGAAUUCUACUGGAAAACGCUUUAUCCCGACAGACCCGGUAUAUGUACAAGACAGGUCGGACUAUGUACCCGGUGUGCCGGAGUAUGUACCUGAUAUGCUGAUGUACGAACGUUUUGGGGAUAUGGGAGUACAGGAAGAAUUUCAGUUC